GUUUCUUUGGCUGCCCCAGAAGCCCCGUUACCCGUUGCGAGUUCUUCGUGCCGAAAAGGAAAGUGAAGAAGUGGUUUUCCUUGCACCUUCCUGUAAUGCUUUCACGGUCACUACGUAUCAACUAAUAAUUUGUAGGUACGCUGAAAGAAAAACGAAUGUAAUUUAGCCAAAUUCGUUAUUUAUGUGAAGCUCCCCAUUUGUUACUAAUAGUUCAACGCGAUCAGACACAUUCGCGCAACCUCUACUCUUAUCGUCAGUUUAUUAUAGUACCUAUACUGUUUACAUGAAUAACAAUAGUGCAAGGAUUACAGUGCAAGCACCUGUGCAAAAUGAGUGAAGUAGUGCAAACUGCAGUUUUGUUGCAUUUGCCUCGCAGCAAAAAAAUCGACAUCGAAUUUGAAAAUAUUACUUACACCGUGCCAAAUGGACGAAAAGCAAAAAAACUCAUCCUUAAGGGCGUUUCCGGAAAGUUCAAAUCUGGCGAACUAACUGCAAUAAUGGGACCCUCGGGUGCUGGAAAAACGUCUCUAUUGAACAUACUGACCGGCUUCCAAUCGACUGGAAUGAAAGGCACAAUUAACAAUCUCGAAAAGCGGAGCGGCUCGAAGCAGUAUAAAAAGGAGUCUUGCUACAUAUUACAGGAUGAUCAACUAGUUCCGUUCUUUACGAUAUCUGAAAUCAUGAAGAUGUCGACAAACUUAAAAUUAGGAUCCAAUGUAUCGCCUAAGUCUAAGGAAUUUAUAGUCGACGAUGUGCUGGACACUUUGGGAUUAUCGUCUUGCAAAAAUACAAGAUGCGGUCAAUUAUCGGGUGGGCAGAAAAAGAGACUUUCAAUUGCAUUGGAAUUAGUGAAUAAUCCACCUGUCAUGUUUUUGGACGAACCAACGACGGGUUUAGAUAGUUUAUCUUCGCUUCAAUGCAUAAGUACAUUAAAGGCAUUAGCUAGAGGUGGCCGUACCAUCGUCUGCACAAUCCAUCAACCAAGCGCUGCUAUUUAUGAAAUGUUUGAUUACGUAUACGUCAUGGCCGAAGGACUCUGCAUAUACAAAGGCUCCAGCCCAAACACCCUCACGUAUCUGUCGUCAGUUGGUCUCAACUGUCCCGAAUAUCACAACCCGGCCGACUACUUAAUCGAAGUCGCGAGUGGAGAACACGGUAAUUUCACAGAUACACUCUCCCAAUACGCAAAGCAGCAGAGCUGGAGGAGCACGUGUACAUCACCGAGAUUAAACAUUCAAGAAGAAUUUGCAACGGACGAAAACAGUAACAAACCAGUAGUACAAAUGAGUAUGACGGAGGUGACGCACAAUUCGCCAACGGAAUGGGCCAAGUUUGUGGUCUUAGUGAAUCGGGCGUUUCUGCAGCUGUACAGAGAUUGGACAGUUACACGUUUAAAGUUUGUUCUUCACACCGUAAUCGGAAUCUUUAUAGGUCUGUUUUACUUCGACAUUGGGAAUGAUGCCUCGAAAAUAAUAGCCAACUUUGGGUACCUCGUAGUCACGUGCGCAUAUCUUUGCUACACUGCCAUAAUGCCGGCGGUGCUUAGGUUUCCUUUGGAGCUGCCCGUACUAAAGAAGGAAAGAUUUAACAAUUGGUACCAACUGAAAACCUACUACGCUGCGUUUAUGGUUGCAGAUAUCCCGAUUCAGAUACUCUUCUGCACGUGUUUUACAGCCAUUUCGUAUUUUAUGAGCUCACAGCCUUGCGAAUGGGAUCGGUUUACAAUGUUUCUCACCGUAUGCUGUUUACUGACAAUAACAGCAGAGAGCGUGGGCAUUUUCUUGGGUACCAUAGUGAAUCCUAUAAACGGGACCUUUUUGGGCGCAAUAUCCUUAGCAUUUAUGAUAGCCCUCGCUGGAUUUCUAGUAUUUCUAACUCAUAUGUCAAAACCAUUUUACAUACUUUCUUAUGUAUCAUAUCUACGUUACGCGUUGCAAGGUCUUGUGUACUCCAUAUACGGACAAGGAAGGACAACGAUACCAUGCCCAGAGGACACACUAUACUGUCAUUACACGACGCCAUCGGUUUUUUUAAACGAAAUUGGCAUGGAAAACAUAAAUUAUUGGUUUUGUGUUGGAAUGUUAUUCGUUAUCAUAGUAUUUUUGAGGCUUUUAGCAUACUAUACGUUAAAGAAAAGGUUGUCUAGUAAUUAACCAACGUGAUAUGGUCUAUGGCCAAAUCGUUAAUAGUUUCAGUUUACUAACGGUAAUGGUGUGCGAUAUACUGUGAGUACAUUGGGUAGCUAUAUUGCUUGCCAAAAAUCGUAUUUACAUUUUUUAAAUAUCUAGGUGAAUUGUACAUAGCUAAACGUUAGAUGAUGUCCCAGCAAAUUGGCAACCAAAGUCUGUGAUUAACACUUUUAAUUGUUUAAAGGUGUUCCACUUAUAGUCAAAUAAAUAGUGAUUAGGUAGGCCGAAGUGUGCCUGAAUUUUCAAUAAACGAAUCUCGUACUUCACUCACUUAAAUAUAGAUUUGCACCGUAAAAAUUCAGCAACACUUUAACGUUAAGGCACAGUAGAUAUAUGUUACGUAUAUCUGUGGUUAAGGUUUGCUUAAAUUUGACGGCGCAGACGGCAAUUUAUUCGCCAUUAAGAGUAUUCAACUGAAAGUGAUUUCAACAUGACCUAAUUAUUUUAAUUAAAGAAAUACGAUAACAA